AUGCUCCAACUUAAUCAGCCGGCACUCUGUCCACUCAGCUGUGUUUUGUUGUGUGUAUUCAGAGACAACAGAUCAGCUAAAACAGUAGCAGAAACUACCAGCUGUCCUUUGUUUUCUGCUCUGCCAUAUAUAAUAACGUCUCUGUCUUUGGUGUAUAGCUCCUCAAAACACCUCUCCACCUUGACUAACUUUUCCAAGCACUCAUUAGCGGACUGGCUGAAGUAUGGAGGGUGUGAGGCGGGCUCGCAGAUUACCCCCUGUAAAGUAGCACACCUCAGGUAAUCACACUAAUGAAUUCAAGCAUCCCCCAUAUUCCUUUCUCCUUUUCCCUUCCCUCUCUUUCUCCCUUUCUUCCACAGUGGCGGGCCCGCACAAGAAGUGCCGAACAACAAAGAAGUGUUUGUUUGCAUAACAUUAGCCCCGCACGCUCACACACAGUGGCUGGGGCCUGACUGCAGGACUGACUGGAGGCUUCCCAUGAACACAGGUGGAGCAGGGCGAGCAUCACUGGGACCAAUUAGAGCAGAGCUCAGGUACAUUAGCAUGUUUGAGUGGAGCAGGCAGGCAUGGGGAUUGGUAGGCCUUACAAAAUGCACAAAGACAUGACCACGGACUAGUGUGUGUGUGUGUGUUGUCUCCAGUGCCAUAACUGGCAUAUGUGUGACAAAUGACCUCCAGUCUGCUGCUGUCACUGCUCAUCCUGCUCUUUCUGUCUCAAUGAAUCAAAUAUUUCCCGACUGAAGCUUUCUUCACAUUUAAGCUCUUUGGAUUAUUUUUAUAACUGAAUACAAAUAAAACUAUGUGCUACUAUUCUAAAGAUAAAUGUCAGAAAGUGAGGUCCGAUUAAUUCAAGUUUGUCAUCAUAUUGGAAAACAAGUAAAGUAAUCGUCUAAGAUGUGAUUGGUACAUUAUACUUUUGUAGAAUUUUGCAGAUUUUCACAGAAAAAUUUGCCAUCCUAAUGAUGAUGUUAUAAAAUAUGGUAUGAAGAUAGAGUCUGAAUCAAACAGUGCCAUCCUUGUAUCCUCAACAGAUCCACUUCAAGUUAUUGCAGCAAUACAUGAAUUUAAAGCAAGUUCCUGAGAUGAUUUUUACUACCAGUGUAAAUUAAAGAUAAAAACAUGUUAAGAGUUGAGGAUUCAAGUCUGGAUGUACAACUUCUCCUCUGUCAUCCUCUCCUAGUUGGACAAGCCCAGAUUACAGCCACAGGGACUAUGACGGAUCAAAAAGUUCAUCUAAAGUUUCUUCUGGGUGUUUGAUCUUUUGACCUUUGAAAGUGAUUCCCCACACCCUGUACAGGCCGUCGCAUCUCAAAACUCAUACUCUCUGCUGUGGCUGCCCAGAGCUGUUGGUCAUAGGUGAGGGUCAAAACUUGAGACUUGUGAUUGACCUAACAGAGCUUACUGCUUCUACAACAUAGUAGAAACUUUGACCCCAAUGAGGAGAAGCUUAGGAAUGUAUUUUAGCCAGUUAGCAUGUGCUCUGUGGAUGUGAUAGAUUGGAAAGACAAAGAUUUCACUUUGUGUAUUUCUUUGGUUAAGGGAUUUAGGUUUGUUGUAUAUUCUACAUUAAAUGUAUCCACCCGAAGAUACAGAAAGCUUUUGUUUUAGUCAGGCUGAACUGCAGAGAUUAAGUUCAGUAACAUUUAUCAUAGAGGUAAGAUUAAAAUUUACAGUCAAACCUAGAAAGAAAACUAUCUGGAUAUAAAUAUUCCUGUCCUUUCAAACAGCCCCUGGUACUCUGUAGAGACCGUUGAGAUGGUAGACUCAGACACUUCAUCUCAGUCAUAAAUGACACCAUUGGACACUGUAAUAAAGUUAAUAGCAACAGUUUCAUAUUUCUCUUGUGCUUAACCUCCAUCUGUCUGUACGGUACAGGUGAGAUUUAUUGUCUCGUGAGUUAAGACAAAUGGACGCUCACCUACAUCCACACAAGCACACACAGAUCAGUGAGCUGUGGGGCGAAGCACUUCAUCACAGCCGCCCACCGAGGCCAGUGGGCAGGAAAACUGAGCAAAGAACUGCACUCAGGUCACUGUCAGAUGCUUUGAUGUAUUACUUGUGUGUCCUCUGCGAGCCAGUGAGAGCUGUGCAGACAAAAUAAACAUUUGGUUUUUAGGCUGUUUACCAUAAAGUAGUUUAUGUACCCCUAUAUGUACGCUGUCUUCACUAUGACUUAAUACAACAUGCAGUAAUCUGAGUGCAUUACAACAAGUAUCACUGUUAGAUAAAACUACACCAGCAUUGUAGCAUCAUUUCUUGCCACUAGGUGGCAGCAAAAUGUCAAAGACUGUGACUUUUUAUGGUGUGAGAAACAACCAGGUGAGAUAUUCAGCAGCAGACAGUUUCUUAUAUACAUUUUCAGCUGUAGCUCGACAUUAACGUAGUGUUUCUUUCAAUGGUUGUUUUUACAGUCAAUUUUCAGACUAUUGUAAAAAGGAGGGGUAAAUUGUUGUGAAUAAGUUGUAAUUGAAACACUCAAUAGUGGAUGAUUCCCCCAGCUUGCAUGUGCGUAUAAGACUUCUCCACUAGAUGGUGCUGCUAACAUUACAAAUGUUACUUCUCAAUUCAAACCUGCACUCUCAGAGAAAAUCCACUGAGGUAAAGUUUGGCCAUUACACUGUUGUAGAAUGAGAUACUUGUAAAUAACAGAGCAAAAGCAGACAUAAUCCAAUGCAGCAAUCAAACUGAGAUGACGACAGUAAUGGACAAAUCAUUGAACAAAUGUUUUGUAUAUUGGCUUUGGUUAUAUAUUUACAUGAGAGAUGUGUCAUGAAAGGAUUCAUCUGUAGUUUGCUGGUAGUUAUGGCAAUUAGUAUUCCAACAAGGUUAGACAAGAUAUCAGGCACAAGGAGUUGUGAAAUAGUCAUAAACACACAAAACACCCUCCUUGCUUGGACUGGAUUGUUUUCUCUCCGCUACAUCACCUGCUGCAAUAAUUCAAAAAGUACAGUCAGAUAGGAGAUUAUUUGAUUUUUUUGUGUGUCACAUGUUCAACAAUCUAUGCUCUAUUAUGCUCUAUAAAACAAUUAUUUGUCAAAAAACAGUAAAACAAAAAAAAGUUGCCUUGGUGUGGUCAUGGAAUAUCAUACAUCAGCAAAAAUGCACAUCUGCAGGACUCAAACUGGAGGUUUGACUCACCCGAGUAAGAAGAAAUAGAUGAAUAAAACCUUAAAUACUCUCUGCAGACUCCAUGUUAAAUCUUGAUAGAUAGAUAGAUAGAGAGAUAGAUGCUGCAGGUAAGUAAGUAUGAAACAGGAAGAUAAUAUUUUAAUGUAAAAUUACACACAACACUGCUGAGAAGUCAAGCUCUUUGUGUUUUUGUGCAGAUAUGAUUAA